CACAGGUAGAGCGAAGAGUGGGUUCACUCGCCAUGAUCCUCGACGUGCUGACGCGAUCUUCGUCGCUGCUCCUGCUCGCUGGCGUCGUGUUCAGCAACGGAGCAGCCUCUCAAAACACGUAUCCUGUGGUCGAACUCACUUAUGGCAGCUUCCGAGGCAAUACCACGGGAAACAUUACCUCGUUUCUAGGGAUGCCUUACGCAAGCCCACCUGUUGGUGAACUGCGCUUCCGCUCACCACAGCCUCCACGGCCGUUUGAAGGCAUUCAAGAUGCCUUCAGUUACGGGGCGGCUUGCUUCCAGCAGGCGGAAGUUCUUUCUCCGCUAUUACCUCCUAAUAUUUCCACGACACAGUCCGGAUCUCUCAAGAACAUCUCUGAGGACUGCUUAUUUAUCAAUGUAAUCAAACCUGCUUAUGCGGUCCCUGGCACGAAUCUGCCCGUUGUCUUCUGGGUUGUGGGUGGUGGCUUCACUAGAGGCGAUUCCUCGCUCAAUCCCGGAGGACCAGUGGUGGAACGGUCCUUGGUCUUGGGGGAACCAAUGGUCCAUGUGUCUAUUAAUUACCGUCUGAACGCCUUUGGAUUCCUCGCUAGCAAGGAAGUCCAGGAAGCGCGCGUAGGAAACCUGGCGAUCAGAGAUCAACGAUUCGCAUUGGAAUGGGUUCAUCAGCAUAUACACGCUUUUGGGGGUGACCCAAGCAAGGUGACAAUCUGGGGCGAAAGUGCAGGUUCCAUCUGUGUCGGCUUGCAAAUGCUCGUCAAUGGUGGUUAUAACGGUGGUCUGUUUCGAGCCGUUGUUAUGGAGUCUGGCUCCCUCAGUGUCUCUGCCACCCUUGAAGACGGACAAGGUUACUAUGAUCAAAUCGUGAAUGCGACGGGCUGUGCUGGAGAGGAGGAUACACUGGAAUGUCUCCGACAUACCUCAUACGAUGCGCUUGCCGCAGCUAUCAACGAGACGCCAUCCAUUUUCAACUACACGAGUCUAAAUCUAGCUUGGCAGCCCCGAAUUGACUACGAUCUAUUCCCCAUCAGCGGUCCACAAGCUUUGCAAGAGGGCCUUUAUACAAAAGUACCAUUCAUUUCAGGAACUGACGAUGACGAGGGUACGAUCUUCUCUUUCUCUAGUAUCAAUACUACCUAUUUCCCCACGAGUUCUCCGGACGUUGUCGAGGCAAUUGCGCAAGCAUACCCCGAGGACCCUAUUUAUGGAUCGCCGUUUGGUACUGGGACUGCCAACAACCUGACUUCUCAGUUCAAACGGAUAGCAGCAUUUCAAGGUGACUUGGUAUUCCAGGCUCCUCGCCGCCUCCUUCUCCAGUAUGCAUCUCAGACGCAAAAUGCAUGGUCUUUCGUCUUUAAGCGGUACAAGUCGACUCAAUACGUGGGGUCAUACCAUGGAGCGGACACGUCGGAUUUCUAUAAGGAAAUCGAUUACAUCGGGAUGGAUGCGCUGAUCAACUUCGUCACGAAGCUCGAUCCCAAUGCAGAUCCGACGCUCCCAGCCAAUAUCAGCUAUCUUUCCGGGUUCGAAUGGCCGCAAUGGAACUCCUCGCCCUCGCGGCCCAUAUUAACCUUUUGGGACCCUGUGCCUUCGAUUAAUAUUACGUCGGACACAUACCGCUCCGACGAGGUUGGUCUCAUGAUGAACCUGUCGCUUCCGUCAUCAUAAUCAUCCCGAAACACUGCUCGUAUAUUGUUCGGCCUCGAGUAUGUAUGUUGGUCAUGCAGUCGCGACAUAAGUAAUAAUCGAUGCCAUGGAGUAUGUGGUCUCAAAUCCCAUUGGCUCGGAGACAAUCACGUAACAGCGCACGAGAGGCCUCACUUU